AUGGGCUCUGUGCCAGCGCCCCCGCCGCUGCGGUACCGCAGCACCCGCCUGCUGCGCGCGGCUUUCCAGCUCCUCCACCAGCAGCAGCAGCGGGCGGACGUGUUCUGCGACGUGGUGCUGCGGGCCGAGGGCGAGGCGGUGGUGGCCCACUGCAGCGUCCUCUCAGUCUGCAGCCCUUUCUUCAUGGAGCAGCUGGGCCCGGAGCUGCCCCCUCGGGGCUGCAGGGUGGUGCUGGAGCUGGCGGGGCUGAAGAUCGGGGUGCUGCGCAAGCUCGUGCGCUUCUUCUACACGGCCGAGCUGGAGGUGGCGCAGGAGGAGGUGCAGGAGGUGCUGGCGGCUGCCCGGCGCCUCCGCAUCACCGAGCUGGAGGCGCUGCAGCUCCAGGGGGGACGCCUGGUGAGGCUGGGACCCCAGCGGCAGCUCAACCGCUCCUGCCUGUGCUCCCCACAGCAGGGCUCCCCCGCCACGCUGCUCCACAGGGCUGCGCCCAGCGGUGCCAGCAUUCCCCCUGGGAGCACCGGGGUGUCCCCCCAGGGGCAGCCAUGCUCUCUGGGGCCCACACACCUCAGCCCCAUCAGGCGGGUGAGGCUGCGGAAGGUGGAGAGCAGGGGGUGCUGGGAGGUGGUGCAGGACACGCAGCCCCUGCCCGCCUCUCCCACGGUGCCAGUGGGCCAUGUGGGGGUGAUGGAAGCACAGCCCCCCCUGGACGUGGGUGAACUGGGAAGCGGGCAGUCCCCGCCCCGGCAGAGCUCCUGUGCAGCCUGGAGGCAGCAGGGUGGGGAGCCCCCUGCACCCCAGCAGGGCUGUGGGCAGGCGUUCCCUGGAGGCGACCCUGAGAAGGAGGAGGAGGUGGAUGUGGGCACAGUGGAGCCGUUCCUGCCCGCAGGUACAGUCUGCCUCUGGCCCUGCCCCUCCUCCGAGUCAGAUGAGGAGGUGGAUGUCCUCACCUAGGGCUGGCUCAGGGCUGCACCCCCUGGCCUCUGCAUCGUUUGAAUAAAAGGCUGGAG